ACCAGUGCAGUUUCAGUGGGAGGUUCUGGUUCUGUGGAUUGUUUGGAGUCUUUGUUGUUUAACGGACUUUUGAAGGAAGAAAAGCAGUCAAGUCGAUGAGUUAAGCUUGUUUUUUUCCACCUCAGCCCACAACAAGUUGUUUUUAUGGGGUCUACUUGGGAAAAGCGUGAAAUGAAGCGAGCGGAAGGCAGCCAGGACUUCCUCUGAGUCCAGUCCCCGGGAGGAGAUGAGUGCUCGGGAUGGGACCGUGUCUCGGUACCGAACUUACGGAGGAGGAGAAGAAGGCGAGGAUACACAGCGCAAAGGUGGACCGAGACUUGUUCGAGUGUGCCAAGCGGGACAUGAAUGUGCUUAAAAUACUUCUACUGGGUGCAGCGGAAAGCGGUAAAAGUACUUUGGUCAAGCAAAUGAAGAUCAUACACAGCAAUGGAUUCACCAAGCAAGAACUCAGCAGCUUCAAGCCCGCAGUACUGGAUAACCUGCUCACCUCCAUGAAGUUUGUUCUUCACGGCAUGGGCGUCCUUCGCAUCAACCUGGCUAACAGCAGAAACAAGGUGCACGCCCACUCUGUGCUGUCGUGUGUUCGCUCUUUCGAUGAAGAUCAGUGCUUGUUUCCUUUCCUGAGCCACGCCCUAUCUUGUCUAUGGGACGACCAGGGCGUGAGGGCUGCCGUGGCCCGGGGGUAUGAGUAUCAGCUCAAUGACUCUGCAGUGUAUUUCUUUGAGAACAUGAGCCGCAUCUCGUCUCCAGACUAUGUGCCCACAGAGAUGGACGUUCUGCGCGUGCGACUGAGGACAACAGGUGUGAUAGAAACCCAGUUCCAAGUCAAGCACCUCACGUUCAGGAUGUACGACGUAGGAGGCCAGCGAACCGAGCGCAGGAAGUGGAUAUGCUGCUUUGAGGACGUGAGGGUGGUGCUCUUUGUGGUGUCGCUCAGCGGUUACGACAUGACCCUGGUGGAGGACCCGUCCACGAAUCGCCUUCAGGAGUGCAUGAAGCUUUUCUCCUCCAUCUGCAACAACAUCUUCUUCCGCAGCACAUCCACGAUUUUAUUCAUGAACAAAAUCGACCUUUUUCAACACAAGAUUCAGCAUUCGGGGCGACACCUUCGUCUGUACCUGCCUUCUUUUAAAGGCGCAGACUGCGACGUGGAUUCAGCCGCCCGCUUCAUCGCCGCCAUCUUUGUGUCGCUCAACACGACACCCAGCAAGCUCAUCUACCACCACUUCACCACAGCCACCCACACCUCCAACAUCCAGGUGGUCUUCCAGGUGGUGAUGGACACCAUCAUCAAGGAGAAUCUGGAGGCCAUGUCUCUGCUAUAGGAGGACAACGGGAGGCCCUAAAGCAUGGGUGUCAGACUCAUGCCAUGGAGGGCUGAGACACUUCAGGUUUUCUUUCCAGCCGGUCACUGAAGCAGGUGAUUUUAAUGAUUAACCCGCCUUUGGUUUGAGGGAAGGAGCUUGUCAAUUAAAUCACCUGCUGGAGAAACUGGUUGGAAAGAAAACCUGCAGUGCUUUGGCCCUCUGUCGACACAUGUGCCCUAAAGGGACACUUUGGACAUCUCCACCUUUCGGCCGCAUACAGCUUGAGCACCUAACGGAUGCCUUCAGUUGGCAUUCGGCAGAAUAGACGUGUGAAGUACUACUGCUGCCCUUGUGUGUCGUGUCUGUGUGUAGGCUGCAACAUGUAGUACACCCUUCAUCCGCAGUCUGUGCGUCACAUCUGUAUAUACACCAUAUAUACACCGUAUAUAUACAGUAUAUACUGUAUAUGUGCAUGUACUUGUGUGUACUCGUCAGCCCCCAAACACAUCAUCAUGUCAUUUCUUCACAAAUAACAAUAACUCUAUCUAUGUAUCCACUUUUUAUGAAGUGUCAUCAAUGCAGCAGUUGCAAUACUGAUAAUAAUAAUAAUAAUAAUAAUCCUAAUCUUCUUAUUUACCUUGCCUUUUACUGAGACUGACAACGAGCACACCUUCAAGGCAGUCGAAUGUUCUAACACGCGAACACUAAUACAGGUGCCUGUCAAAAAACUAGAAUAUUUGACGCUAUUAUUUACCAAGUCAACUUUUCAAAGAUGUAAAUAAAAGGCUGGAACCACGCAUAGUUUUAAUAAUUACAUCAUUAUUAUUUCCUCAUUUUUUGAGCUUGAUUAAUCACCAGACGUAAUUAUGAGAGGCUGGAAUAAAGCAUCAUUUUUUGGAAUGAUAGUUUCUAAUUGGUUGAAGUAUGAAUUCAAUUUUUCACAUUUCAUUUACAUCUUUUUAUUGAUUGAGCCAUAAAUGAGUGUUUUUUAAUGCUCUUGUAAUUUUGUGAUGUGUGAAGCUGGAAUUUUAAGUCAUAUUUUCUCUUUUAUUGAAAAUGAAUGGGCCAUGUGUCAUUUUUAUGAAUA